AUGUAGAAUAAUACAGAAUAGGAAAUUAAAGGGUUCAACUAUCCAUCUGAACAAGAGCUUCUAUAAAAAUCCAAAUCACCACAAAAAAAGAAAAUAUUUUAAGAUCCAAUACCGCCUCCAAUGCCAGCGUAGUUAAAUAAAUAACAUCCUCUUUCUUUUGAAAAUGUAAAAAAUCCAAUGGAUGAUUCUCACCUUACAAAUAUAACUGGCUUACAGAAUAAAUAGAUAUCUGGGUUUUAAAAUUAAAGCAAUAUAGGAAAAUAACAUGAAAAUUAAGAGCAAAAGCAAUAAUAAUCAGAAAAAGUUUUCAGUUAAUCUGUAAUAAAUCCUAUGGAUUUAACAGAGGAUGAGCAUUAAAAACAAUAAGAAGAUGAUACAUAAUAGCAAAAUACAUAAAAAUUUAAAAAGAAUAUUAAAAAAGGGACUUAAAUAACUAUAGCAAGUAGAGAUGAUGAAUUAAAAAUUCAUAGAUUAGACAGUGAAAAUACUCCUAAAAAUAAAAAUCACAAUAUCAGCAAAUUGAAAGAAAACUAAAAUAAUCUUGGACCUAAUUACCAAUCAAAUAUAGCUUACACUGAACCUUCAAAUGUGUAUCCAUUUAGUAAUAUUUACAACUCUCAACUUACUAUAGGAAUGGAAGGACAUAUAUGUUCUGCUGCUUUAGAUCAAUAAGAUGACUCUAUGGCAUUAUCAGGUAGAAAAGAAGAAUUUUUGAGUUGGCAUUCUGCUACUUAUAUACUUAAAAUGUUUCUUGAUUUUACAAUAGUUUGUUUGUUCUUAACAAUUUUUUUGCCUUGCUACUUAGUAACAGUACCAAGAUAAAUAUCUAAAAUGCCUAAAAAGUAAAAAAAAAUAUGUAAUAAUUGCAAUAAGAUUGUGAACGAAUUAGAAAUAAAUCCCUCUUAAAAACCUGAGCUAGCUAUGUUCAUUAGUAGACUUUUAAUAAUUUGUUUAUACCCAAUACUUUGGUUAAUAAUGGGUUAUCCUUUCCAAAAACUAUAUCUUGAUUUUAUUUUAUACGUUUAUUAGAUUCUUUACAAUUUUUUUUCAUUCGCAUUCACUAAAUCAAAUUAAUGA